AUGCACGACGCUGCUUUCAGAUCAUUCAUGGCUGACCUCACCUCAGUUCUAUUGGUAGUUUCAUGCUUGUUGGCGGCGUGUAUAGCAGAGCCUCCAGUAGGGGGCGGCUACCUACCCCCGGGGGGUGGAGGCUACAGAAACGGUGGUGCCGGCUCCCCAUCUGGAAGGUACGGCGUGCCUAACGGAGGCAACGGUGGUAGACCUUCCUUCCAAUACGGAUCGCCCGGAGCUGGAAGUGGAUACAGAGGGGUCAAUGGCUUUGGAGGCUCCAGUGGAAAUGGCUACGCUUCUGGAAACGGUAAUGGCCUCACGAGUGGAACUGGCUACCAAAGUGGCGGUUUUGGAGGCACAGCAGCCAAUGGCCUUUCUAGUGGCAAUGGGUAUGCUGCUGGAAACGGAAAUGGCUACGCUGGGGGAAAUGGAAACGGUUAUGCCAGUGGAAAUGGCAAUGGCUACGCUGGUGGUAAUGGCAACGGCUACGCUGGUGGAAAUGGCAACGGCUACGCUGGUGGAAAUGGCAACGGCUACUCAAGUGGAAGUGGAAACGGGUACGCUGGAGGCAAUGGAAACGGCUAUGCUAGUGGAAGUGGAAACGGCUACACUGGUGGAAAUGGAAACGGCUACUCUGGUGGAAAUGGAAACGGUUACUCUGGUGGAAAUGGAAACGGUUACUCAGGAGGAAAUGGUUACAAAAAUGGCAAUGGACAGGAUGACGACCAAUCUGAGCCCGCCAACUACGAGUUCUCCUACGACGUGUCAGCUCCGGAGUACGGUGUGGAAUUUGGUCAUCAGGAGCAGCGUCAGGAUGAGGUUGCCCAGGGCAAAUACUACGUGCUGCUGCCCGACGGCCGCACCCAGCAGGUUGAGUACACUGCAGAUGAGGACGGUUAUCAUCCCAUCAUCACCUACAAAGAGAGUAGCAAUGGAAUUGGAGGAACUGGCAACGGUGGAUACGGUGGCGGAAACGGAAACGGAGGCUACGGUGGAGGAAAUGGCAACAGCGGCUAUGCUGGUGGAAAUGGCAACGGAGGAUACUCUGGUGGAAACGGAAACGGUGGAUACUCUGGUGGAAAUGGCAACGGUGGAUACUCUGGUGGAAAUGGCAACGGUGGAUACGGUGGUGGAAACGGCAGUGGUGGAUUCGGUGGUGGAAACGGUGGCUACGCUGGAGGAAACGGCAACGGUGGUUAUGCUGGUGGAAACGGCAACGGAGGCUACAGCGGUGGAAACGGAAGAUUAUCGGGAGGUAACGGAGGCUACUCUAACGGGAACGGAUUUUCUUCCAACGGAGGAUAUAAAUAUUAACAUAAUAUUGUGUACUCUCUUGUAUAUAGUCAACAUUUGAGUUACGUUUAACUCAGGCUUUGCCAUAAUCUCAUUUUGAAGUUACCAUUAACUGUAUAUACAUAUUGUACAAAGUAUUUUUUAUUUGAAUAAACGUGAUAUUUA